AUGGCAUUGACCUUGCCCAAGUUUAUCGUCCUCAAACCCAGCGACAAUAAUGUUCGAAGUGGAGAUUUCCGACACAAAUGGAUUGGUGCAUAUAAGAAGUUGCCAAAACAACAAGUAUUGGCAACGAACCAAAACCGUUUCCAUCGCUGGAGUCCCACCGGAGCAGUACUGAUUGCCGCCACUGCCCAAAACAAGGAGGAAGAUCAAUCCAAGGAGACAUGUACGAUGUUCAAGUUUGUCCCUGUAGACCAUGCUACUGGUAAUCAGGGUGCAAUUUAUGCUUAUGGCCAGGGACCAAAGUACGUUGCCUUCAAAGGACAUAAUAACAAGUACCAGUGUGUUCGUGAAAAUUACUUAGCAUUUUCAGCAGAUGACAUUGGUGAGACAACUGUGGCAUGCGAGACUUUUGUUACUGAUGAUAGAAAGGUUCACGUCAAAUCCAUUUGUGCUGGAAAGUUUUGGUGGGCCGACCCCAAAUGGAUUUGGGUAGGAUAUGAGGACCCAAGAAACAAUGAUGGCACCACGUUUCUCCCGGUCAAAGUUGACGAUAAGACUAUAGGUCUUAUCAACCUCGGCAACAAUAACUUCUGCACGACCCUCACAGGACAAAACGACGUGGCAUGGCUUAGCCCAGCUGUCCCAACCAUUACCAAAGAAGCCAAGCUAACGGUGGAAGAGCCAGUCUUGACAAGGGAUAUCUAUGAUGUCAAAUAUGAUCUUGGUAAUUCCAGGGUUUACGACGAAACAACCUUCAUUAUUGCCAAGAAUUUUGCUAGUAACUAUAUCCAAGAACCCACCCAUAUGGACAUGAAGCUUUCAUAUACAAAUAUCAAGACUAGUACUUGGAAGAGUAAUUUUCCACUCAAGUUAGCAAUGGAAGCUAAAAUGGAAUUCAACGUACCAUUGAUUUCUCAGGGAAAUAUUGAAAUGUCCGGUGAAUUUCACUCAGAUGUCAAGUGGGAAGAGACCAAAGAAUCGAAAACUUUAGUAGACGUUGUACACACAAUUGUUGUGCCUGCAAUGACUAAUGUGACGGUUAACCUCAUUGCAACCAAAGGUAAGUGCGAUGUUCUCUUCACUUUUAUGCAAAGCGACACUCUUUAUGAUGGGACCAUUGUCAUUACUGAAGUUCAAGGUGCCUCUUACACUGGUUCCAAUUACUACAGCAUUCACUUUGAGACUGAAGAAACAAAGCUGGAGCCGAGAAAGAAGCCGGAGCCUCUGUAA